AGCCGGUGCAGAGCUGGCGGCGGCGGCGGCAGCGGAGGCGGCGGCUCCAGCCUGUGCGGCGCGGGGCUCGGCAGUGGGAUCCAGCAGCGGCGCUCGCUCCGCGCUGCCUGCCUUGCUCCCUGCCCGGGGCGGUCGGAGGGCACGGCGCGGAGUCACUGCGGCCUGAGGGCGCGAAUCCAGCCUUGUCACUUCAUCCUACCUCCUUGGUUCUGGAAGUCCCAGGAAGAGUUUGGUCUGGAGAAGGAGGAAGACUUGAUGCUCUCAGUGUGCAGUCCGUGGUGAAGAGAUGGCUGCUCCUGUCCCGUGGGCCUGUUGUGCUGUGCUUGCUGCUGCUGCCGCAGUUGUCUACGCCCAGAGACACAGUCCACAGGAGGCGCCCCAAGUGCAGUACGAGCGCCUGGGCUCAGACGUGACACUGCCGUGUGGAACAGCAAACUGGGAUGCAGCUGUGACGUGGCGGGUAAAUGGGACAGACCUGGCCGCUGACCUGCUCAAUGGCUCCCAGCUCGUGCUCCAUGGCCUGGAACUGGGCCACAGCGGCCUCUACGCCUGCUUCCACCGUGACUCCUGGCACCUGCAUCACCAAGUCCUGCUACAUGUGGGCUUGCCACCGCGGGAGCCUGUGCUCAGCUGCCGCUCCAACACUUACCCCAAGGGCUUCUACUGCAGCUGGCAUCUGUCCACCCCCACUUACAUCCCCAACACCUUCAAUGUGACCGUGCUGCAUGGCUCCAAAAUUAUGGUCUGUGAGAAGGACCCGGCCCUCAAGAACCGCUGCCACAUCCGCUAUAUGCACCUGUUCUCCACGGUCAAGUACAAAGUCUCAAUAAGCGUCAGCAACGCCCUGGGCCACAACGCCACAGCUAUCACCUUCGAUGAGUUCACCAUUGUGAAGCCGGACCCUCCAGAAAACGUGGUAGCCCGGCCGGUGCCUAGCAACCCUCGCCGGCUGGAGGUGACAUGGCAGACCCCUUCGACCUGGCCUGACCCUGAGUCUUUUCCUCUCAAGUUCUUUCUGCGCUACCGACCCCUUAUCCUGGAUCAGUGGCAGCAUGUGGAGCUGUCCGACGGCACAGCGCACACCAUCACGGACGCCUACGCCGGGAAGGAGUACAUCAUCCAGGUGGCAGCCAAGGACAAUGAGAUUGGGACAUGGAGUGACUGGAGCGUGGCCGCUCACGCCACACCCUGGACAGAGGAACCACGACACCUCACCACCGAGGCCCAGGCUCCGGAGACCACGACCAGCACCACCAGCUCACUGGCACCCCAGCCCACCACGAAGAUCUGUGACCCUGGGGAGCUGGGCAGUGGCGGGGGACCCUCGGCACCCCUCUUGGUCAGUGCCCCUGUCACUCUGGCCCUUGCCGCCGCUGCUGCCACUGCCAGCGAUCUCCUAAUCUGAGCCCAGCAUCCUGUGACAAAAUGACAGAGCACCUGCAGAGGAGCAGAAGCCGGAGCUGAGCCUGCAGACCCCGGUUUCUAUUUUGCACACGGGCAGGAGGACCUUUUGCAUUCUCUUCAAACGCAAUUUGUAGAGACCCAGGCGGGCCCGGACCUGCCAUCCCCGCCCAGAUACAUUAUGCCACCGGCCCUCCUCCCUCCCUCAGGGGAGGAGGACCAUGCAGCUAACCCACCCACCAAAGACCUCCCUUCCCACCCUCACCCUGCCCCCUCGGGCUGGACCCUCCAAUGCCAGCGACUCCCAGGAGCCCUUGGGGGGCCUGAGGGGAGCCCCUCACAUCCACAAUUUCUCCUGCCCCAGCCUCCUGUCUGUCCCGGGGUCUUUGUUGCUACCAUCAGAUUAUAAGCUCCUGACGCUGCGGGGUGGCCCAUCCAUUCCCUUCCCUGCAGCGCCCAGACUUUUCAGUCCCCCCACCUCUACCCCUGUUUUGUAUGACCCUUCCCUAGCCCCUACUCCUACUCCACAGUAUUUAAUGCCCUGUCAGUCCCUCCUAGUCUGACUCAAUGGUAACUUGCUGUAUUUGAAUUUUUUAUAGAUGUAUAUACAGGGGUGGGAGGUGGGGGGGUUCUCAUUAAACGUCACCAUUUCAUGAG